GUUAUUUUAUAGAAAGGGAAAGUGAAAGUUUCAGGUCAUUGUGAUCCUGACUGGGCUGUGUCCCUUCCAUUUGGAGAUCGGAUUUCUAGGAGUGAUAUCUUCCCCCGUCUGUGCCCCAGGGAGGGGCUGAAUUUACCCCAGCGGGGGGCUAAGGAGAGACAGGAAUAAGCUGAGGGGCAGCAGAUAUGAAGGGGUAGGAGACUGAGGGGUAAGUGGGACAGAAGGAGACAUGGGAGACCCAGGAGGUGCUGCUGUUCUGCUCCGGUUCCUCAGGAUCCAGGGAUUUCUCUGCCUUUUCCUCCUGCCCCAGACAGGGUCAGUUCUGGAGGUGACUGCUCCAUCCCCCCACGUUGCCCAGAAAGGAUCCGACACCCUGAUUCCCUGCACAUUCCGUGUGAAUAAAUUCCCUGCUGAUCCCAAAUUCUUGGCCAUAUACUGGGAUUUCAAUGGAAGGAGAAUACUGACGUAUGACAAUGUAGUGAGCACAACGGACCCCCGAUUCUCCUUGGACCCCAAUUCAGCGCCACGGGGAGAGGCCUCUCUGUCUGUCUCUAAUGCUCAGAUAUCUGAUGGGGGGACCUACUCCUGCUCCGUCACUUACAGCCCAGAGCAGCAACAGAAGGAAAUCAUAGUGGAAAUUCAAGCCCCCCCACAGAUCACAAUCACUAAUAGAGUUGUUACUGAGAAUAAGGAGAGUGCCCUGCGUGCCUCCAUCAUUGGCUUCUACCCCCAGGAUCUUGAUGUUACAUGGCUGAGAGAUGGGGCGAUAUUGCGUGGGGUUACUGUGAAUAAGCCCCAGAGAGACCCAGAUGGCACCUACAGUACAACCAGCGCAGUGACCAUUGUACCCACCGAGGGGAACAGGAACCAGAACUUCUCUAUCCGGGUCCAACAUGAGUCUCUCACUGCCCCAUUACAGAAGAACUUCCAGCUUCUCUAUGCAGCCGCCCCCUCCAUACACAUCAGCCAUGGGCCAUUUUAUGUGAAUGAGGAGCAGACGCUGAUGUGCCGAGUGUGGGGGUAUUACCCAGAAGACAUUGCUGUGAGUUGGUUCCUGGAUGGAUCUUGGGUGGAACCCUCAGAGAUAAAGAGAAUUAACAGUUCUGCUCUGGAGUUGCCCUACCGGUUCCUCCCAACAGCUGAGAGUCAGGGGAUGGAGAUCUCUUGUGUGGUGGAACAUUGGGCCCUGACGGAACCUCUUGUGCAGUCACUGAAGGUAGAACUGACAGAUGCUCAGUGGAGCAACACAUUAAUAAUAAUAAUAAUAAUAAUAAUAAUAAUAACAAUAUUUGCUGUUGCUCUGGUGGCUGCUGUUCUGUUCCUAAAGAAGAAGAAACGAUGUUGUAUCAGGACAGGGAAUAGAGAAGAUGUCAAAGGAAAGGAACCGACGACUCCUCGGGGCAGUGAAUCUAAGCCUUUAAUUAACAGCACCCCAAAAUACACAGCAAUGAGUACGGAAAGUGAUAAGGGGCAUCAAGAAUCUUCCCAGGAUCCCAGUGGUGAGCAAGAUGGAGACCUGAACCCAGACACUGUCACUGAAAGAAAUGAGCCCAGGUGUCCAAUAUUUGGUAAGAUCCAUUCAAGCCAAAAGGGCAAUUUCUUCCUAGAGAUAAAAGACUUCUACCCGAGAGAAAUGAAAGUAGAAUGGACGGGUUCCCCGGGGUCGGCAGGGGAGGAGCGCGUGACUCUCAGAAGUGAUUUGCUCUACACCGGGGAGAAUGAUAAUGGGACGUAUAAUGUGAUAAGUACCUGCGGGGGUGCAGGGGAGAAGGUGAAUAUGAAUGAUAUGUACACCCUACGGGCACAAGUACAGCACCAGUCCCUGCAAUCGCCCCAAGAGGUUACAUUACAGCAAGGAACCGACAAGAGCAAGUUACCCACAGAAGCCUCAAAAUCAGGGGCCCCUGAUACUGAAGAAGGAGGAGAAGAUUCAGAACAAACAGGACUUGUUGGGUCACAGACUGACAAGGAAACUCAGCAAUGUCCUCCCAUAGAGGAAAACAUGGCAGACAACGGAGAGCAGGAACCAGAGUCUUCCCAGGAUCCCAGUGGUGAGCAAGAUGGAGACCUGAACCCAGACACUGUCACUGAAAGAAAUGAGCCCAGGUGUCCAAUAUUUGGUAAGAUCCAUUCAAGCCAAAAGGGCAAUUUCUUCCUAGAGAUAAAAGACUUCUACCCGAGAGAAAUGAAAGUAGAAUGGACGGGUUCCCCGGGGUCGGCAGGGGAGGAGCGCGUGACUCUCAGAAGUGAUUUGCUCUACACCGGGGAGAAUGAUAAUAGGACGUAUAAUGUGAUAAGUACCUGUGUGGGUGCAGGGGAGAAGGUGAAUAUGAAUGAUAUGUACACCCUAUGGGCACAAGUACAGCACCAGUCCCUGCAAUUGCCCCACGAGGUUACAUUACAGCAAGCAAAACCCAAAGUAAAGAUUGAACAAUCCCCAGCGGAAUCAGGAAUCAGAAUGAUCUGCACUCUAGAGAGAUUUUAUCCCGGCUUUGUUGAAAUUAGAUGGUUAAGUGCUGGCAAAAAUGUCAAAUCACCCAACAAAGAAAUGAACAAAAAAAUAACCAGAAACAAUGACGGAACCUUUUCUGCUAGAAGUGAAAAAGUAUUUUCUGAGAGGGAAUUGGAGCUCGGAGUGCGAGUGAUCUGGGAACAUGAAUCUCUAGCGAUGCCUGAGUGCCGGGACCUGCCCUUAGCUGGAACCGACAAGAGCAAGUUACCCACAGAAGCCUCAAAAUCAGGGGCCCCUGAGACUGAAGAAGGAGGAGAAGAUUCAGAACAAACAGGACUUGUUGGGUCACAGACUGACAAGGAAACUCAGCAAUGUCCUCCCAUAGAGGAAAACAUGGCAGACAACGGAGAGCAGGAACCAGGAACCGACAAGAGCAAGUUACCCACAGAAGCCUCAAAAUCAGGGGCCCCUGAGACUGAAGAAGGAGGAGAAGAUUCAGAACAAACAGGACUUGUUGGGUCACAGACUGACAAGGAAACUCAGCAAUGUCCUCCCAUAGAGGAAAACAUGGCAGACAACGGAGAGCAGGAACCAGGAACCGACAAGAGCAAGUUACCCACAGAAGCCUCAAAAUCAGGGGCCCCUGAGACUGAAGAAGGAGGAGAAGAUUCAGAACAAACAGGACUUGUUGGGUCACAGACUGACAAGGAAACUCAGCAAUGUCCUCCCAUAGAAGAAAACAUGGCAGACAACGGAGAGCAGGAACCAGGAACCGACAAGAGCAAGUUACCCACAGAAGCCUCAAAAUCAGGGGCCCCUGAGACUGAAGAAGGAGGAGAAGAUUCAGAACAAACAGGACUUGUUGGGUCACAGACUGACAGGGAAACUCAGCAAUGUCCUCCCAUAGAAGAAAACAUGGCAGACAACGGAGAGCAGGAACCAGAGGAACAGAGCUCAGAAGUUCUACAGGACCAGGAGGAAUCUGAGACUGGACCAAGGGAGAAACGUAUCCCUAAUUCCCCUGUAAUGGAGGAACAAGAAUAGAGAUUCAAGGCCUUCAAGGCUUAUAGACAGUUCAGUACAGAGUUGUGUCCCAGGGAGGACAAGUGGACCAACAGACUACAGAGAAAGAAAGGGCAAUGGACAUGAAAUACAUGUGGUGGGAAUAUAAGGAAGUCCUGGUGGUGAAAUACAAAUCAACCAUUGGAUUCAGGAGAAACUUGACCAGAGAUCUGAUUGCAGAUGGAUAUUCCCUUCAAGUCACAUUACAUUAGGGACCCUUAAAGGGUUUCAAGUGCUCAUGGUAUAAAGACUCAUGGAUCUGGAAGGUACAACUCAGUAUGGAGACAUAGCCUACACCAUGAAGGGAAAAGAACACUACCAGCAAGUCCAUAAUAAGUUGGUUGAGAAGCACCAGGGGAUGGACACGUGUAGCACAUUCUAUCAGUACUGUCCCUGUUUUGCCCCCCGAGAAUAAAGAUUUUAUUUAUAAAU